CUAAGCCUGUGGCGGGCGGGCGCUGUCCCCAGCCACCGGUUCGAGGCCGCGUGCGGGAGGGGAGCGAGCGUGGCCGUAGACGCGGCCACUGGCAAGGUGCCUGCGAGCUGCCAGAGCUCGCAGCCGCCGGGAAAUCCCGAGCCGUGACCGCAGCCAGCCUUGAUGUCCCUUCUUGGGGGAACUAAAAACACUCUGAGGUGGCGUGCCACCCCACCCCAGCUUUCUCAGCGCGCCCCGCACCCUUCGGUGUUUUGGAAAAGCACCUGCCGGUACCGCCUGGAGAAUGAGUUUCGGCGCGGUUGUGGGAUCCUCCGAAUGUCGAUUAUUUUCAUCAAAGUGAAAAGGGGCAAACAAUAAAAAUCAAAAAUUAAAAAAAAAAAAAUAGCGGGGAGGGAGAAGGGACUGAGAUCGUGAACUCGAGGAGUCUCCCACCACCGGUAUCCGGUGGGGAAAGUUUAGUGUUAACCAGCGCUGACCCAAAGGUGCGGCUCUCCCCGAGAGCUGGGGUAGAGGCAGGUGAGCAGCCUCCAGGCUGUAACCCGGAGGUGGACAGAGGCGAACGGAUCCAAGCAGAGGAAUUCAAACUGGAGAGGAAGCUGGAAGGAGAACCGGCUGGAGGAGAGAGCCUGGAGGAGGGGAGUCUGGCAAACUCAGCUGAAGAAGCCUUCCCCUAUUCAUGGAGGCGAGCACUAAAGAUGCUUUGCACAUGAACACUGAAGGCAAUCUUUGAUACAUUCCCUGUAACAAGAAAAGGGAGCCAACAUGAAGGAUAAUGUGGCAUCCACAGUUGUUCUCAUGCUGCUGCUUUUUCUGAACAUCAGACUCCUGAAUGGAGAGUCACCUCCUGGAAAACCUACAAUCUUUAAAUGCCGUUCUCCUGAGAAGGAAACGUUCACCUGCUGGUGGAGGCCUGGGACGGAUGGAGGACUUCCUACCAAUUAUACACUGACUUACCACAAGGAAGGAGAGACCAUCACCCAUGAAUGUCCAGACUACAAAACCAGUGGCCCCAACUCCUGUUACUUUAGCAAAAAGCACACCUCCAUAUGGACAAUAUACAUCAUGACAGUGAAUGCCACCAACAAGAUGGGAAGCAAUAUCUCGGAUCCACGCUAUGUGGAUGUGACUUACAUAGUUGAACCAGACCCUCCUGAGAACCUGACAUUAGAAGUAAAACAGCCAGAAGACAGAAAACCAUAUCUGUGGAUAAAAUGGUUCCCACCCACCUUGGUUGACGUAAGAUCUGGUUGGCUCACACUACAGUAUGAAAUUCGAUUAAAACCUGAGAAAGCAGCUGAGUGGGAGACCCAUUUUGCAGGACAACAGACACAAUUUAAGAUUCUCAGCUUAUAUCCAGGACAGAAAUACCUUGUCCAGGUUCGCUGCAAGCCAGAUCAUGGAUUCUGGAGUAACUGGAGUCAAGAGAGCUCCAUUCAGAUACCCAGUGACUUCACGAUGAAAGACACAACAGUUUGGAUCUUUGUGGCCAUUCUUUCUGCUGUCAUCUGUUUGAUUAUGGUCUGGGCAGUGGCUUUGAAGGGCUAUAGCAUGGUGACCUGCAUCUUUCCACCAGUUCCUGGGCCAAAAAUAAAAGGAUUUGAUACUCAUCUACUAGAGAAGGGCAAGUCUGAAGAACUCCUGAGUGCCUUGGGAUGCCAAGACUUUCCCCCCACUUCUGACUGUGAGGACUUGCUGGUGGAGUUUUUAGAAGUAGAUGACAAUGAAGACCAGCAGCUAAUGCCAGCACAUUCGAAAGAACACCCAGGUCAGGGUGUGAAACCCACACACCUAGAUCCCGACAAUGACUCUGGCCGGGGAAGCUGUGACAGUCCUUCUCUUUUAUCAGAAAAGUGUGAGGAACCCCGGGCCAACCCCCCAACUUUCCACACUCCUAAGGUCAUUGAGCAGCCAGAGAAUCCCAAAACAAAUAUUACCUGUACCUGCGAUCCCCACAGUAUAAAUGCGGAAGGCAAAAUCCACUACUAUCAUGCUGUUGGAUCCAAAUCUUCGACCUGGCCUUUACCACAGGCUGUCCAGCACAACCCCAAGUCUCCUUACCACAGCAUUGAUGAUAUGUAUAAGUUGGCUGUGAGCCCUGCGGGUGCAUUGACCAUUUUGUUGGACAAAGCAGGCAAAGAUGCUUCAAGGUCCUCUAAAACCAUUGAGACUGGAGGAGAGAAAAAGGCAGUCAAGCAGAGGGAGAUGGAAAGCUUCCCUUCUAAGACUGAGAAAGGCACAACCUGGCUGCUGCCACAGGAAAAAGCCCACGUUAUCGCUGCUAAGCCCCUGGAUUAUGUGGAGAUUCACAAGGUCAACAAAGAUGGAGCACUAUCAUUGCUGCCAAAACAGAAAGAGAACAGUGACCAGACAGAGAAAGCCAGGGCUCCUGAAACCAGUAAGGAGUAUGCCAAAGUUUCCAGGGUUAUGGAAAACAACAUCCUGGUGUUAGUGCCAGAUCCAUGUGCUCAAAGUGGGGCUUUGUUUGAAGAAUCAGCCAAGGAAGCUCUGUCAUCGCUUCAAAAGAAUCAAGCUGAGAAAGACAUGACCUGCUUCACAGCAACACCGAGCAACUGCAGACACCAACAGGGUGGGCUGGAUUACCUGGAUCCUGCAUGCUUCACUCACUCCUUCCAUUGAGAGUUGACUGAUGGAAUGAUUAGGUAAAAUGUGAUUUUUCUUCAGGUAACACUACAGAGCUAGGAAAUGCCAUCUGCGACUGAUGCUUGAGAAUGUGUGUAGAAUGACACUACUUUGCUCUUUUUCGUGCUCCGUGUCCAGCCACUUGCCUCUUUCUCCAACUGCUGAUUUCCAGAACAAGUCGUUUUGUGUCCUGUGAUUUGUAGAUUUACUUUUUGCUAUUAGUUAUAGAAAUUAUAAUCAAUGAAAUAAAAGCACAUAGCUUAGUAUUCUUGGGGGAUAGUACCAUUUAGGUCCAGCCUCUAGAAAAGGCUUUCAUGGUUCAGUAGGUGAUAGAAGGAAAUGAAAUGGUCAAAUGGUAGCAGGGGAAGGUGAUGGAUAUGUGGGAAAUGCCAUGAAAACCACUUUUGAAAAACAGUUCUUUGAUCUUGACACUCCUCUUUUAUUUUGUUAGGAUUACCCAAAUAUGACCCAUGGAAAGAACACAUGCAUUCCAGCAUACCUGAUGAGCUGUUUACAUCUGUUCCUAUACCUUGACACAUUGCCAAGAUCCUAGUGAAAUGACGCCUCCACUUUUUUCUUAAGAUACUUUGAAUAUGUUAAGCCUAGAUUCCACCUCCCCGGCCCCAAAUUUUAUUUCAUUCCAAAGCCUCUAAAGAAUAUAGUUUUGGAAAGUAAAAUUUUCUUAUACAAGAGGCAAAUGAAUUUUAUGUGGUGAAUCUUUUAGGAAUGUUUUCCUGCUUUAUUGCAGCAGGAAAGAUAAUUUAUUAUAUUCCCUAGUCCUUCCUUAAUGAAAAAAAAAAAUCCCAAAAGAUGAACUCUAAUUUAAAAGAUAAUCACAGCAGGAUGCCAAUAGAACUACUGCCUUACUGUACAUACAAAUUCUACUUUAAUACAAACCCAUAAGUUUAGCAAUGUAUUUUUGAAGACUAUUUUUCUAUUGCUUAGGUAAAAUAAAAGACUAUUUUCUAUUUUCCCAGUAUAGCUGUUUACGUAUUCAGUGGGUACAGUAUUUUCUGCUGCAAGGUUAUAAUAAGCAUUUAUAGUACAUAGAAGUGUACGCAGUCCCUGUUUGUGAAGUAAAAUGUCAUACCAACCCAAAGUCCACUGAAGAAUAUGAAGUGGAUGAUAAAAUCCAGUUUCCAAUACAAUGGAGCAUAGUUUCUCUGAUUCUUUUUCUCUCCAGGAUGCUUUAAGCAACAACCACCAACAACAACCUAAGUUCAAAGAAUUCUCCACAGAUCAGAAAUUAUUUCUGUGAGUUUAGGGUUACUCUGGGGUUUCUUCCCAUCUAUGGUUGAAUCUUCAGAAAGCCACCAUGAAAAAGGAGAGUGGUGACUUUUACAUGUUGUUUCGAGGCUUGGUCUUGUUUUGUUGUUCUGAGCCAUCUUGGGCAGUGAAGAAUUAGUAUCUCUCUGGAAUAGAUCCAUUUGCAAAAUAUUGGCAAAGAUAGAGACAGCACUUAUAUCAGCUGUAUCCAAAUAAGUUCCAGGAAGCCAGGCAUUUGUAGAGUGAUAAGAACAGCUGCAAAGGUCAGGGUAUGGUAAUGAGAAUCUGUAGUUCGGUUUGUUUGUUUAUUUGUUUGUUUUGACCCCCGAGAGUAGUCAAAAGCUUGGAUCAGCAUUUUAACAGGAGCAUCCAUGACUCACUAACUCCACAAACAGCCUUCCUCUAUUUUUCAUGCCACCUAUAGGCAAAUCCACUCUCCAGCCAUUCACUAAUGACAUAAAAGACUUGAGCUCACCUUGGUGAGUCAAACAUUCCACCCCAACAAGUCAAUAUUGAUAGGAACUAGACCCAGAACUUCCUGGAAAGUGAACAGGCUGCCAGCGCUCUAUUUUCCCAAUACAUAGACAAUGUUUCAUGAGUUGGGGAAGCAUUUGAGAGUAUUGUCCAAGCUCAUUAAUCCCCUAGAUACUCGAUACUCAGUGUCUGAAGAUCAAUUGUAUCAGUAUCACCUGGGAACUCUAUGAAAAUUCUAUUUGCAGAAUCUUGAACCCUAGUCCAGCCCUAUAGAAAUGGAAUUUGCAUUAACUAAGACCUCCAGAUGAUUCACAUGCUCAUGGAAAUUUAAGAAACAUUGCCCUAGAUGACUAUUUCCGGUAAAGGUUAUUUUAGUGCAUGGAAACAAUCCUCUCAUGGAACAUAUAGGUCAAGUUCAUUUAACUCUCAAUGAACCACGCUAUAUAUAAGGAUAAGGCAAGGAAAGAAACCUAUUAGUGGUUUAAGAUGCACAUAAUGGAGAAUCUGAGUAUGACCUGCGAAAGUACAUACAAUUUCCAAUAGGACCAAGGAAUACAGUUCAUUUGAAAGGCAUUGACCGCAGACAAUGACCUUCAAAGCCAAUUUAAACUAUGCUUUUCCAGAAUAGACCAUUUUUCUCCAACAUAUGUAUAUAUAUGUUUUUAUUUAUAAAAGUAUGACCAUAACAAAGACAAAAACUUGUUUGUGUACAUGUAUUUGUGUAUAUCUUAUAGUUUGAAAAUUUGAAAACAAUCUGCUUUUGACAUAUAAUUUUGUGUAUAUAAAAAAAUUAUGACUGACUAAAGACAAACAAAACCCCAAAAGACAACUAGCACUCAUUACAUAGUCAAAACUAAUUCUGUGAUCAUUUUGCACUCUGAAUUUUUUCAUGAUACAGCAUAUUUUCUAUGAUGGAAAAGCUGACUGAAUGGAAGAAGGCAUACUAGGGGCCAAGAGACCUGGGUUCUAUUCCUGUUUUGCCUUGGAGAGACUGAGACCUUCUCUAGGUCUCAGUUUUUUUCUGAAGAUGUUGGACCAAAUAAUUUCUAAAGACUUUUUAAAACUGUGAUUCCUUGAUUCCAUGACUCACUGAAUAUUUUCCUUCUAAGUUCAUUAAAACAAAUGCCUAGUAUCUUAAUUAAGCUAUCAAAUAAUUGCAUUUCAUUAUAUGACUACCAAGUAAUCUUCAAUGAUCAGCUCAUCAUACUUCACUAUUUAAUUCAUCAACACCAAUUGAUCUUAAUAUAUUGCACAUGCAUCUUCUGAGUUAUGUAGAUGCAGAAUCAUAUUCUUAUUAUGUGCAAAUAUGCAUAGAGAGAAGAGGCAUGAGGUAGAAAAGAGACACUAAUCUUUAGAAAAAUGAUCUUUUAGUGAGUCAAACUGUGCUUAUUUCUGGCUGAGUCCAACAGGACCAAAUCUCUUUCAUCUAUUGAUCUUUUUUAUCCACUCAUGAUACUUUGAAACAACCAUUGCCCAACUGACUUAAGGUCAUACUUUGAUAAACAAGUACCUAAAUGUUCAAGUUAUAAAUCACAUAGAAACUAGAUAUAGCCAAUGGGUGAUUUAUGGUCACUCCUGACCAAACUAACAAAAUGUUCUAUUUCAAUUUUAAUAAAUGUAUAUAAGGCACCCUAACACGAGCACAAGUUAUUAUCAGCUGCCAUUGAUAUUAAGCAGCCUCCACAUUUUCCUAAGUGCCUAGGACCAUCUCUGGUAGUCAGAUGUGGACUGAAGACUCACUUUAACUGGUUUGGUCUGAGGGAUCAAUCUCCAGCUGCUUGUGUAAGAUCAAAGCAUGUUGACUCCUUGCCCUAUGGUGACUCAACUGAAUAAAUAGGCAAACUUGAGUUAAAGAGUGACCUGGCCACCUGAGUUCCAGGGAGCAGUUUGCCUCUGGAGGAAAUCUGGCUCUCUCUUUUUUGAGCUACUCUCUGCUGCCCAUCAUUUGCAUGUGCAGAGAGACUUGGGCCUGCCUUGCCAACUUCCCUAUCUCCUUAGAGUAGAGAAGAAAGAAACAUUUGUAUGUAUUAUAAAAGUGCCUUUCUUUAAUUUUGUAAAAAAAAGACUUGACACGUAGCAAGAAAGUUGGCAGAAAGUAAAACUUACCUUACAUAGAUUUUAUUUUUGUGCAAAUGUUACACACAAAAAAGAAGAAUGAAGAGAUGGAAAGAGAAGACAGGAAGAAUGACAGAAUGGUCUAAGGACUAACCAGCAAAAUGUUCAGUAGAUUUUUGUGUAUUGUUCAAUUGAAUUGUCACAGAGCAUAUGUUAUUAGUAUAACUUACUUUGCCUGACAAGAAAUUGAGUCUGGCUAUGCCUUGGGGAUAAACCUGCCACCCUGUGACUCAAGACAAUCCAUUUUAAAACAUAUUGUUGUGCUUUUGAAUGUCACUGAAUUUCAUGCCAGAGCCUCAAAAGAACAAUGUGUGUGCUUUGAAACUUUGCACACAGAUGGAAAAAUAUUAAUGACUUUGAAUUAUAAUCCCCAGUGUUGCUAAAAUAGAUAAGCCAUUGAUGAAAGCCUUGUGUGUACUUAAGUGAGUGAAUGUCCUUUCCUGCCUUUUUGGCUGAAGCACAAUAUUAUUGUUGCUGGGAUAGUGACUGAGCAUUCAAUAUCCAGGCCUAGCUCAUAUCACUGCCACUGAACAAGCUAUAUGACCCUUUAAAUUCUGGGCACCCAUUUCCUCUCUGGGUUGGCCAAAAUUAUUUCUAGGAUCUCUUCCAUCUCUGUCUUUGAUUCUCAUAAUCUAAGUAAAAUCCAAGAGUUCAUGUCCAAGGUCCAGGUGCAAUACAGGAACAACAUGGCUGACAUGCUCUUGACAUGCCCAGUGAACUCUGAAAAAAGUGUAUCUGUAAAAAUGCUCAAGAGACAAACUCAGCUCUGUUCCUUCGAUUCAGAUGGAUUUAAUCCUCCCUUCUGUUCUUUCUCAGUUUUUUAUACUUCUGGGCUUUUUAUUCCUUCUCUCCAGGACCUAUUAUUUCUCCCAAGUGUUAAUUAUGCCCAAUAGCAAGAAACAAAAUUAUUCAUAAAUAAUGACUUUACCCCUGCAAAGAACAAGUCAAAUGUUAAAUCAGGCACACAUAUCCAAACCCAAGUUGAGGGUCACAGUACACCCAACUGAGAGAUUUGCAUGCUUAAAGAUUAAAGCCCACAUUCACUAUUUAAUUAAUUCAGUGGCCAUUUAUAAAUCCAAGCUAUCUUUAUUACUAGGCACUGAAGGUUUUAAGGAGAUACUUAAAAACACAGAAUGAUUUCUUCAGAGGUUAUGAUCCAAUCUGAAAUGAGAUUUGUAAUUACAGCCUCAACUUGUUCUAUGAUUGACAGAUCUGUCAUCUGCAAAUCAAACAGGAUUUCUCUUCACUAGACUUUUGCUUUCCAGGAAGGUGAUUUUUGGUUUGGGACACCCAUGGUGUCUACUUCAAUUAAAGAGAAAAAACAAAAAAAUUAAAAAAUAGGAUGUUUCCAAAGGUUUGGGCAUUUUGGGAUUCCACAAAAUGCCAAGAAUAGCUACUAAACCUAAAUUUUAGUGAAAAUAAAGAAACUACAAUGUAUUCAGUGAUCUGAUAUUAUGGUUCUGAGAUGUAUAUGAUUCAUAACACCAUAGGGAAGCAGCUCUUUUGUCCAUAUCAAUUUCUUUGAUUUAAGCUCUGAUUUCUUAACAAAGCAUUAAAAAAUGUAAAGUGGAAAGACAUAUCCUGUUUACAUGGUGUAAUCAAUGACAGAGAGACUCUCAGAUAAUCUUGGUAUAUUAAUUAACAUUUUAUCUGCUGCUGUUUAAAAAAAUACUCUAAAAACUUUGACAACUGAAGGAGUAAUAUCAAACAUAAACUUAAAUAGUUAUAGUCAAAUUAUGCUCACCUGGAUCAAUUUCUGAGCUUUUCUGUGCACAUUUUGCAGUCUGGUGGGGGGGGGGGUCUUUUUAUCAUGUUAUCUAAAAUUAAAAAACUAUAUGGCAAAAAUACCUAUGAAAAAUGAUUUGUUUUGCUUUAUAAAUUCCUGAAAAAAAGAUUUUCAAUUUUUAGAAAUAACUACCUCCCCUUCAUGUUCUAAUGACCUUCCUUCAAAGCUGCUUGUAGUUUAGAAAUGAAAGAUGUCACAUCUCAUGUUUUUGGUAGCAUAAUGGAUGUAUUAGUCAUAAGACAUUCCUGACUUUAAUCAUUAUAUUAUUUUAUAUUAUAUUGCUGUAUGUGGUUCAAAAACAGUAUCUGGCACAUUAGAAUAUAUAAUCUUCAUGUUAUGAAACUCAUUAUGUAAUACAAAUGAAAAUUAUUUAAUGACUUAGAAUCUAUCCAUAUGUAAUUUCAAGAUGAUUGUGUUUAUGACUGUAAAACAAAACUAAAAAAAUGUAAUCAUAUAUUUCUGUUGAAACUGUGAAUGUACUAAUUUUUCCUUAAUCUUUGAAGUAGUAUCAUAUGCCACUGUAUAGCUGAUCUGGGGUGUUAUGUGUUUAAAGUACAAUCCAACAACUAUUUAAAGGUCAACGUCAACCCCUUGGCUUUGCUUUACGUGACCAGAGUCUUGAGUGUUAUCUGCAUAAUGAGGCUUGCUUUUGUUCUUCAUCAUUCAUCUUAACAAUUUAGAAGUCUCAUAUGGAAACCAAAGCGAUCUAGACCCAGACUCAUUGCAAGAUCGUGUCUCCUGCAAAGCCAUAUUGAAGUGAAGCCUCCGCCAUAGUGGAAGGUUCCAUAUUUUCAAAGCUACCACUACCUCUGCUUGUCUUCUCUCCCUAGAAAAUGCCAAGCAAAAUUCUUCAACAUUAAGUGGCAAAUUAGAAGUGAUUGUUAAAUACAUUGAUGGCGUUGUUUGUUUUUUUUACAUGAGAAUGCAACUUCUAAUUCAUCACUUUGCAGGUUUUUGCUAGGUUUUCUGAAUAACCAUUUUUACAUUUUUGUAUUUUAUAAAAACUGGCUGAUAAGUAAAGUUCAGAAAGAAUACACAGUCAUCAGAUAACAAAAAAACAAAAAAUGACAUAGAGUGCAGAGUUUUUUCCUAACUGUAAGUCACUUUAAGGUGGUUUCCCAAAGCCAUGAUAGUAUAUGUCAUUAUUGAAUAUAUCCAGCUCAGUGCCUGGCUUAACAAAUGUUUAUUUCUUUUACCUGCCUUUCAUCUAUAUUUUUUAUUUAAUAUGGGGAAGAGCAGAAUUACAUGUAUGUAACUGAAGCAACUUUCUUGAAGACUUUUUGCUGCUAAAGGAUCUAUAAUCAGGAAUUUACAGAAUGAUUUCCUUUAAACCCCUAGAAAUAAAUCUUUUCUUUACUUGAUUUUAGCUAUCAAAUAUAUUAUGGUAUGGGAAAAGUCAGCCAUUUAUUAUAAAUAGUCUUAUUUAAAUUUUUAAAAUUCAUUUUCUUUAUGUCAUCUUUGUAAUGUCUAUUUUUUCCUUUUUAGCCUUAAAGAAUUAUAGAUUACAGACAUCUGAUUUGUUAUCUUGUAUUUUUCGUUCUGUAAAAUUUUGGUUAUUGCACACUAUGUUUCCUGUUUUUCAUGGAUUUAUUCCUUUGUCUCCUUCCAUUUUUGUGGGGACAAUAUGGACAGUUAAAUCUUUGUCAACAGUAUGGGAGAUUAUGCUAACUGCUAUUCUCACACCUUCAUUUUUACUGCAUGCCAAAAACAAUGCUUGCCAAACAAAAUCUUAGACAUCCCAGUACAAUAUGGUCAUUAUAUUUCUAUUCAUGUCAUAAAAAUACCCAGCCUAAUGUCUGGCUCAAUAAAUAUGUAUUUCCCUUUUUCCCUUGCCUAUCCUUCUUUGUUUUUUUACUUGAAAUGGGAAUGAGGAGAAUAACAUAUAUAUAUAUAUAUAUAUGGCUAAAGCAAUUAUUUUAAAGUCUUUUUGUUGCUGUCAGAUGUAUAAUCAGGAAAUUGUUCAUAUAAUGAAACCAAAACAACUUUCCCCAAAUACCUUCACCCUGCCGUUUAAUUACCAGACAAGAUUCCCUUCCUUUACCUCAUCCUUGUCACAUGAGAAACUGCAAAAAAUAAAGUGAGAUGGAACUGGGCAUGUGGGUAAUGAGUAAGAGAAUCUCAUUUAAAUAUUGUUAAAUAAAGAAAGGACCAAACCAUCAAAAAAAAGGAACUCUUUUGAAGAGAAUAAUUCAUUAAUAUUAUUCACAUCUUUUUUGACAAAAUCCAUCA